CACCCAAACUUCUUUGCUGGAGUGCAGGUCGUUGUCAGCUAUCGUCAGUCAUGGCUGUCUCAAAGCAGGUGCUGGUUUUUUGUUGGAUUUCACUUGUUUUGAUGCCACUUGUUACUUGUGAGGUUGGAAAAGAGGAAAACGGACAACAGCAAAAUGGUUAUGUCAGGGAAGUUCAGGAGGAUGUCAAUAGGGGAAUGGAAUGUAAGAUUAAUGAAGAGUUUCUGUCAUGGGCUCAGGCUAAUACGAGCUGUGAAAAUCGAGGGGGACAUCUUCUGAGAGACAAGAAGGAGAUUAUGGAGUGCUUACAGAGCCUGUCCACAGGAUCUGGACCGUUGUGGGUCGGUCAGGGUUGGAUGAAUAAUAACUCCAUGAGUGACUCUGAGUGGACAAAACAUGCUUCAGAUACCCCGGUUAAAAGUAAUGGCUAUGAAGGCAGUAAUCCAGAUCACCUUGAUUGCACCUACAUGGUCACAAAUCCAUUUCAGCUGGUGGCCACACCCUGCAGCAUGAGCUUACGUUCCAUCUGCAUUCUAGAUAUGAACACACAUGUGAAUCCAAAUGAAGCAAAGAAAAGGAGCCGCAGAAGUAUCGUGGAUACAUUAAACACCCUGUCAACUGUAGUAGAUACUGUCAUGCUGUUGGAGAACACCAAAAAUAUACUGAAGGAUUUGGAGACAACGACAGACAUCAUGUCAGGGGAUAACAGGAGGAGAUACCUGCAAAGUAUAUUAGAUCACGUAACAAAGGUCACCCCUACUCAAAACCAGAUUGAUGAAAUUAUCAACAGCACUUCAGCCAUGCUUCUAUACUCGCAAGAAUGUGCCUCUAAUGACAUGAAUGAUCUCGAGAAACUCAUUACUCUUGCCGGUCGCAUAUACACCAAGGUUCUGUUCAAUGCAGGGAACGUUGCCAAGGAUCUUCCAACAGGCACCAUUGUUGUCAACAGCUAUGACUCCAAAAACCUGGGCGGAAAGGCAGUUAGCUCAAAGCGUGGGACAUCAUGCAAGUUGCCUCUUACUGCGUUGAAUAAUUUACUGCCUGCUGGGAAUGUCAGUGUUCAGCUCUUCGAGUUUAAUGAGAAUCCAAUGAUGGACAUGUCGAACGAAAGCAUCACGGGAACGACCUGCAGCUUUUCUCUGUCGAGUCCAGACUCUGCAGUUAAACUCAGCAAUCUUACACAGGACAUUGAGAUAUUUCUGCCUCGUCCUGAUGCUGUGGUGCCCAAAGUCGUGGAUAUAACCUGGAAGAAAAUGUAUGCUGUCACCACAUCGUUCAACAUCACAGACACAAAUGUGACUGUGAUUGUCACAGCAAUACCGAUUAAAAACGCAACUCUCAAGGUGAACCUGUUCCCACCCCUAGACCGAAACUCCAGCAACAUAAGUGCUAUUGUAACCUUAAAAGAUGGUUACCGUUGGCUGAUCACCCCAGAGAUGAGGAAGGAUGGUUAUGGGAUGUGGAAGGUGGCAAUUGAACCAAUUAAUUACACGGAAAGUGACACACUGGCCAUGAAAGUCUCUGUUUUUGUUACCAAGUGUGUGUUUUGGGACACAGAUCUUGGAGAUUGGAGUAGAGAGGGCUGCAAGGUUGGCUCCCUUUCAACACCAAAAUUAACUCACUGUUUGUGCAACCACACAACAUUUUUUGGGAGCUCCUUCUUUGUGAUGCCAAACCAGGUUGAUUUGUCCCAGACCGCAGCUCUCUUUGCCACAGUCAAUGAGAACUACAUUGUGGUGGUUUUGCUCAGCUGCUUCUUUGCUCUCUUCCUUAUGGUUUUAAUGUGGGCCUGGUAUGCCGACCGCAGAGCUCUCCGAACGCGGAAGAUGACUCUUUUGGAAGACAACCAUCCAUGUGCACAAUACAACUACCUUAUAAACGUGCAGACAGGCCACAGGAGAAAGGCAGGAACCACUGCAAAGGUUAUGUUGACACUCCAGUUCGCAGAAGGGCCGAGUGAAACAUACAAUCUGUCUGACCCUGAGAAACCAAUGUUUGAAAGAGGAGGGGUGGAUGUGUUCCUGCUGAGCAUUCCCUUCUCUCUCGGAGAGCUGCAGAGCAUUGAUAUAUCACAUGACAACUCUGGUGGGAACCCUGAUUGGUAUCUGGACAGAGUCACAAUGCAGAAUUUACAAACUCAGGAGGUCACACACUUCCUGUGCCGCACCUGGCUGAGAGGAGACAUGUGCAAGAGGACCUUCAACUCUGCCAUGAACAAUGAAAUUGCAAGCUUUGGCAAUAUCUUCCAGACCCGAACAUCCUCUGGCUUCCGGGACGAGCACAUCUGGGUGUCGAUAGUCGACCCCCCUCGGCGCAGUCCGUUCACGCGCGUUCAGAGAGUGUCCUGCUGUAUGUCUCUGCUGCUCUGCACCAUGGCCAUUAAUAUCAUGUUCUGGAACCUUCCCACUGAUGUAGAGUCUCCUGUCAUACUGAAGAUAGGCUCUUUCAAGCUGACCUGGCAGGAGCUCAUGGUAGCGAUCGAGAGCGGCCUUUUCAUGUUCCCCAUCAACAUCCUCAUCAUUACAAUCUUCCGUCACAUCAAGCCCCGCAUCCUCCUUAAAGAGAAGAUCUCCAAGAGUACAACUCCAGCUGCUGUGGUGUCCAUGAACACUAUAAUUAAGGAAACCAUCGAGCUGUUGACUCACCUCAGUAAAAGCCCCAAAAACAUGCUGGCCAUCAAAGAGAUUAGACCGGAGACGAGUGGAGAUCUUUUCUGGGCUCUGAAUAAAGUGCAUGACGUCAUCGAGAUUAUGCAAGUUGAAACCGUUGGCGACUCUCACUGGUCUUACUGCAGUCGUUUUGUGUUCAACUCACUGAGCCACCUCGCUCGUCUCCUGGAGCAUGUGGGAGAAAAGGGCUUUUUCCUCAACGAAGAGCUUCGGCAGGCACGUGGAACAGUGGCGAUUCUGCUGAAGAAGGCGGAGAUAGCGUCUCUCAGACACACUCCUGAAAGCACUCCAGUUGUGCAGGUCCAGAAGAAGAAGCAGGGCUGGUGGUUGCCGUGGUGGUUCCUGUUUGUUGGUUGGUUCCUACUCUUUGCUAUGAGCGGGCUCUCCACUUUCUUCACUCUGCUGUAUGGUUUCCAGUACGGCAGGGAUUCGUCCAUACAGUGGGUGAUCACCCUCACACUGUCUCUCGUACAGAGCAUCUUCAUCUUGCAACCUCUUAAGGUGAUCCUCGUGGCAAUCUUCUUCGCUAUGAUCCUGAGGCCAGUAGCCGUGGAGGACAACGAGGAAGUGGAGCUACUCCUGCAGGAGCAAAAGGAAAAAUGUGAGGAAUACUGCGGAAGAGCAACAUCCUGAUUACAUAUCAUCCGAUUCAACAAACUGGAAAGGAAGACCUUUAUUUGAGACGUCGCCAUUUACCAAAGUCACGCGGGCCGGUUGUUAUCUAGAUGUUGGUGUUGGGAACAGUGGGUGGGCCGAUUUCACACAUAUGUGAAUUCUUGGUUUCUCACUGUGUCUUGCAGUUUAAGAUCAAUUUCAAAAUCUGUGUAAUUGUACAAAACUUUGUAUGUAGCUAAAUAUAUUGUCUAAGUGAUUUACUCUAUACUGUUCCUAUAACAGAGGCCUGUGUUUAACAUGCUCAUCAGGUUUGUCUUUAUUUAGUCAUUUGGUAAGAAAAACUGAUGCAAUCACAAAAAACGGCUCACUUUAAUACUAUGAAUAUUAUGGCAAUACUUGUAAAAAAAAAAACAACCCAAAAUAUUAUUUUUAAAAUGUUAAUGGAGCUAUAUUUUAGUGGUCAAUAUCAUUCUUGACACAAUAUUUCAUGUUUAAAUUAUUAGCAGAUUCUCAUUGUUCUCCAGUUUUUAUCUGCUUGCUAUAUGCUACCCUUGUGUGUCUGCUGUAAUGAUGAAGCUAAUUAGCAUAAUCUCACUCUGUGAGGCUACUAAACGUGGUAAAAGUUUUGAAUGUUGCAUUUAGGAAACUUGUUUCUUUUCCAGCUAUGUAUCAUAUCAGGAACUAUAUAACAUGCUAGAUAAAACCCUGUAUAUUCACUAUUGUACUUUCAAUAAUUCCCUUAAAUGCACAAAAUGUAUUGAAGCAUACCUUAAAUAAAUAACCCUUAUUUAAAAGGCCCUCCAGUGCUUCAGUCGAAAUAUACUCGGCAUUCAAUGGCAUUCCAGUCAUUA